AAAAUCCCUUAAGAGAAGUUCCAAUGGAUGAGCAUGAGGCUUCCAAGUCAGCUAUCUUUUGUUUAAAUCUUAGGAAGGUAGGGCUUGAGGGGAGUUCUGUUGGUCAAUGGUGGCUGGAAAUGAUAGACAAAACUUUGGGGGAGGGGUUGACAUUUGAACGAGUUGGUUCUAGGCAACUGGAAGGCUUGCUCACAGCUGGAGAACUAAUGCUUGUUGGGUAUUUUGGUUUGACACUGCUUGACACCCAAAAAGAAGCGAGCUACGUCUAAGUGGAACUUAGAUAUAGAAGCCUUCUUUCGUUUUUCGACGGUGAAGUGUGUUCUCCCCACAUGCAUACCUCACUACCAAUGACUAAUUUUUGUUUCUUGAGUUUGUUAUAUUUGUGGCGGUUCAUGUGAUGAUAGUCAGAAGUAAAUGACCUUAGACGUG